AUGAAAUUUAAGCUUAAAUUAUUGAAAGAAAUAAAUUUAAAGUUCUUAGCUAAGAUUACUAAACUUAGAAAGAAGUAUGCUGAAGUCAAGGUUAAGAAUAUCGAAGUUAAAGCCAAAAAUGCAAAGUUAAAGUAUGCUUUAGAAGAACAUAAAGCCAGAUUUAUGAAUCUAAAACAGAGAAAUAAAGAGAAAACCAAUCUUAUUGCUAAAUUAGAUAAUAAUAUCAAGAAAAUUAAACAGGAGAAAAUUGCUAUUAAUCUUUCAGUACAAGAUGAUAUAUCUAUACUGAAAUCUUCAAUUAAUUCAGUAACUUUCUAA